AUGUUGCGCCUAUUCUCCGUUGUUGUCGACUAUUUUGCGCCUCUAUUUCUCGUCGUGUCUCCAAUUACCUCCUAUGCCGACCAGAUAGUAUCCAUCCAUCGCCGGAAGUCCAGCGAUGGCUUUUCGCUCGACAUUCCUCUCAUCAUGCUGGUAGCAUCUAUCCUAAAGGUCUUCUACUGGUUCGGCGCAUACUAUGACAAGGCACUUCUAUUGCAGGCCUCGAUCAUGAUUGUGGUCCAACUUAUACUGUUGAAGGUGGCUCUGGACAACAGGGCCUCUACGGGUGCAAGAGAUGGGCUAGAACAUACUCCGUUCCAUGGCUACACGGCUGAAGAUGGGCUGAAAGAUUUGUUGUCAGGCCGUCGGCCAUAUGGCUUCUGGCAAUGGAACAAUCCGAAGUCAUACUUUCAGUUUCUGGCAUAUCUGGCAUCAGGACUCCUUGCCAUCCACGUCUUGCUCCCGUUUAUUUCUCAGUCACCCACAUACAUCUCCUUUCUUGGAUACCUGGGCUUGACCAUCGAGGCAUUCUUGCCCGUGCCCCAGAUCAUACAGAACCACCGCGCCCGAUCUUGCAAGGGUUUUCGCUUGUCGGUCAUCGUCAACUGGCUUGCAGGUGAUGCCAUGAAGAUGAGCUAUUUCUUCCUUAGCAGCGAAUACGUCCCCUGGCCGUUUCGACUGUGCGGCAUGUUUCAGGCCUGCUGUGAUACCUAUCUUGGGAUACAGUAUUACAUGUACGGCGAGGGACCGGCGGGAGUCGAUAUCCCUAUGAGCAGCACAGGCAAAUCUGGCCUCUUUGGGUGA